UGUAAAACCAUCACUGUACCAAUCACAAAAGUGCCAAAUUUUUCCUCGUCUCCGAGCAUAACCAGAUAUAGACCAAUACCAUCUACUGAAAUCCAAAACAUGAAAAAUAAAUCCCAACCUUUGAACUGCACAUAAAUAUCCAGUCUUUUUUGUUUUUAAUUAGCAAACUUAUCCAUUUGUAGCCCUUCUCCAUGACCAUCCACUUGAUUUUCAGUCUCUCAGUAGUCUGAGAAGAAGACACUGAAAUCGUACAAGCAGAGUUUGAGCUUUAGAUCCAAAUCAAUGGCAGAAACCGACCUUUCCGACGACCUCAGCGAGUGGGAGCAAAUCCAAUCUCCAUUUUCUCAUACCCGUCCCUCACAUCACCAAUCAACAUCUCCAAGGCAAAUAGACGACGAUCACCAAAGCUUGCCUCUCUCUCCUCCACCGCAAGACCUCGAACCGCGUCGCUCUCCCGCUCUGCCUCCUCCACAAGAACCUAAUUCGCCGUCUCCGUCGUCGUCCUCGUCGUCGCCGACGCCGGAAUCUCCACCGGUGCCGCCGUCUUCCUCGUCGUCGAGGAAUUCGAAGCGCGAUGAGGAGGCUACUCGGAGGCGGUCGGACUCCCGGCUGGUGGCCGCGAGAGAAAUCGGAAAGCGACUGAGGCUGCGGUUGGGGAUUCUGAGCGCCGAGGUCCUUCGAGCGGCUUCUAAGGUCUGUAAUUACUGGAUGAUCGCCGGAAGAUUUUGGUCGGUCGUUUCGGUGGUCGGAGUUCUGACGGCGAUGCUGCUGUCUCUGCUGUACGUAAAAUUGAAGCCGCGAUGGAGAACUCGGAGACUGCUUCGCGAUGAUAAGGAGCGUUUGAUUCUGCUCCUAAAAGAGAAAGACGAGAAGAUCAGCCAGCUGCUGGUUCAGAUUGCUGAGAUGAACGAGGCGUUAUCGGCGCGACGCCGGGUUCCGGUGCUCCGAGUUGGUUGAGUGGUGAUACAGGAUCUAGGUGAUGGCUCUCUUUCUACUUUCUACUGCAAAAUCCGUCGGCGUUGUUCGUAUCACGGUAUACUACACCAUAUAUAUAUAUAUAUAUACACACACACAUAUAUAUAUAUAGUCGUUUCUUCAGUUUCAUUGUUUUUGUAGUUAAUAUCCCUGUGCAAUGAUACAUCAAUAUAAGCGGUGAGCGUAUGAUUUUUGGCUUA